AUGAAUAGCGAGCAUAAUAAAAAUUAUAAUAACCAUAAUGAAAGAUCUAGCUUGGUACCAAAGGAAUAUAAUAACAAUUUCCGUAUAAACCCCAAUUCAAUGGUAGACAACAAUAGUAGUAAUAUUUAUUUUGCAAAUCAAAAUAUUAAACAAACUGAUAAUGGUGAAAGUAUUUUUGGAUCAGGCAUAAGAAAUAUACAAAAUGAUCAUUUAAAAACAUUUAAUAUAAAUGAUAUAAAAAAAGAACCAAGUAAUAAUAAUCGAAAUAAAAACAUGUCUACUAAUUUACUCAAUUUUUCGGAUGAUAUAACAAACAAUAUAAAUGAAAAUAAAAAUGAUACUCUAAUUAAUAAUUUUAAUAGUCCCAUAACAAUUUUAGACGCGCAAAAUAAUUCAAAUUUUUACCAAACUGAGGGUUUUGAAAAAAAAUAUAAUACCAUAUCUGAAAAAACAAAUAAUACACAAACAAAUAUAACAGGAGAAAUGAAUAUAAUAAAUUUAAAUAACCAAAUAAAUGAAAAUAAUUUUGAUGAAAAUAGUGAAAACACAUCUUUUGGUUUUUUCCCUUUAUUUAAAAAGUUAAAUAAUAUAAGAACUAAAUUACUAAAUUUUUAUGAUAUAGAUAAUGAUAUAAUUAUAUAUCGAUGUAUGUGUGCAUUAUUCCCUUAUUGUGAUGUCGAUAAAAAAUCUUAUUAUAUGAAUAAUUUUAAUGAUAUUGAACAAGGUGACAUUGGUCCCAAAAUACAAAACAAUACAACCACACACAAUGCUUCAGACAUAAACAAUUUUACAUCAAACAAUUCAGACAAUGAAAACUAUGAUGAAAAUGAAAAUAUCAGAACUGUAGAAUCUAUUAAUGAUGAUGCUUUUGAUUAUUAUGAUAACAAAUUGAAUAUUAUAAAAAAUCCAGACAUAUAUGGAUUUAUAUGGUUAAAUAUAUUUAUUUCUUUUAUAUAUUUUUUUAUUUUCAAUUUAAGUAAUACUAUAUUUAAUACCACAGUAAAUAUAAAUGAAGAUUAUAUAAAUAGUUAUAUUUAUCAAAAUAAACUAAAUGUUCUAUAUAAUACAUUAUUUUCUAUUUACUUGUUUAAUAUACUACUCCCUAUUUCUAUACUACUAGCUAAUUAUUUUAUUACAAAAAAAAAAUUCGCUAUUAAAUUAUCAUCCUUAAUUUCUUUAGUUAGUUAUAAUAAUAUUAUUUUACUACCUUUAAUUCUUAUUUAUAAAUUUACAAUUAUAGACACAACUAUUUCUAUUAUACAUUUUCUAUGUUCAUUUGCACGUCUACUACUUUUUAUUUCUUAUAUUGUUACAUCAUUAAUGUAUAUAUAUAAAUUUACUAUAAAAAUAUAUCGUAAUAAUUUUUCAAAUGAAAUUAUUUAUUUUAAUUAUUUCAUUUAUACUAUCUCCUAUAUCUCUUUAUAUUUUAUGCUUAAAUCUUACGUAUUUAAUUAUUUAUAA